GGGAGCCGCUUCGGAAGCAGAAGUCUCACCCUGCUUAUCUUCUGCCAUGUCAACGAUGUUGUGGCAGGUGCUCACCUUCUUGGCGACCCUGAGGCCGGUGUCGGGGAUGACCUGCAGCUCUACGAUGCCUCUGGUGUGGAGGAUCAAUCAGGGACCUCGCUUCGCUUACAUUGCGGGGAUCUACAACCUCCCAUCCAGCAAGGGUCCACCCCUGGAGGGAGGUCCUAUGGCAGAGGCCCUGGCGUGUUGUGAUGUGGCCUACUUCCCUACGGGUUGCUCACUGGCCGACAAGAGCAAUGUCACAGGGGUGGGAAACUACAUGGCGCAUUGUAAUUACUAUCCAGUCACUCGCGAGAAGGACACCAUCGCCGAACGAUUGACGACAGGUCAAUUGCUAGCGCUAAAGGGCGCAUUGCAAAAUUUGACCACCUAUGCCAAGCCCGUUUGCAAAGAAUCUGCCAGGGAGUUCGUGCAAAGCUCGUCUGUGAAGGACCUCAACAGCUCGAACUAUCGCACUACGCUGUUGAGCCUCUUCCACAAAAGUGUCGAAGCCAUCAACCCCUUGUGGUGCACCGAUUCAGGCGAGCCUUCGAUGGAGAGCUUUUUGCGUCGUCAGUGGGGACAGCGCAAGCCCAUCUUCGGUCUGGAGGAUAUCAGUGUGGAGUGCCAGGUCUUACAGGGCAACACUGUGGCGGAGGACCAAGAGCUUGCCACGUACAUGACAGAUCACUUCAACCAGCAGGGCAUCGCCAAUAUCUCUGACAAUCGGGAAACGAUGGAGCAAGUGAUGAAGUGCGGCGACCUGCUGACUCUGAAGACCCUGGUGGAGCGCAUGAAGGGGCUCCCCCUCAGCAGCGAACGGAACUUGCAGGGCAGGAACUCCAAUUUGGCCUGGGGCGUUCAGAAGGCCCUGGAUGCCAACAAGGACAAGAACAUCUUCUUCGCAAUUCCAGUGACGCACCUGAUUGAUGCCGCGGGACGUGAAGGUGUGCUGACGCUUCUGGCGAAGGCAGGUCUGAACGCCACGCGACAAUCGCCAUCUGGUUCCAGUGGAUGUCAGGGUUCCAGCUACGAAGCUCCCGGCGCCGCCGCCUUGAACCAUUGCCUGAAGCCACCUGCGCAGUCGCAACCCUUGUCGUGCAUCCAAUUCGAGAAGCAAUUCACGCAGAUCCUGGGGAAGGAUGUGUUGCACGGCAGAAAGGUGGUGGAGGGUCCCAAUUGCGAAACCUGCGUGAACUCCACGAAGACUUGUACCUGCCAGAUGAAGUGGACCAAUUACGAGAAUUUCGUGAACUUGUGCGAGACCACACAAGUAGAUGGUUAUCAUGGACAAGUCUACUACUUGGACAUGAAAAGGAAUCCUGGAUCCACGAGAGAAGGGUUGAGGUUAGCCGAGAAAACGGUGGCGGGCCUUCAGCAGAAGUGCUACGCCAGCAGCUGUGAAAUUCCCAUCAUCCAGGAGAUGGAAACCCGAAAUUGGUACAAGAAUGACAAGUCCCUUGACAUCGGGUCAGUCACUGUCAGGAAGCUGGAUCAGCCUUACGGCUUUGAAGCCUCCAUAGGUAGCUCUUUCAACUGGUGGACCUAUGUCAUGGGGACCAUUUUGCUACUCUGCUGCGCGGCAGGGCUCUUGAGGGCUUUCUUCCUGCCGCCCUGGGGAAAGGGGAAGAAGCUCAACACCUGGGAACACGGCGAAGAUAUCGCUAUGAAGGGUGACACCAGCGAAACGGAGCCGUUGAAGGUGCCGAUGAAUGCCCGCGACCUCUUCGACAGUCGGUUCAGGGACGUGCAGAACCUGGGCACGCUGCCCACGGGCACUGACCUUCAGAUGCCGGACAUGGGAAAGUACCCCAUGAACGGACCGUCUGGCCUGAGCAACGUGGGCAGUUUCCCGGGGGCGCCGCCUCCGCCGGUGGCCUAUCCACCUGCACCAGCGUCUCCGCAGCGCAGCACGCCGCCAGCCCUGAGCCACGCACCGGCCAUCACGCCGGCCAUGACGCCGCUGGCGCCACCGAUGACGUACCAGGGCAGCCUGCAGGGCUACCAGGGUAGCUUGCCGCCACUGGCUGCGCCACUGGCUGCGCCGGCCUAUCCUAUGGCCAUGCCAGUUGUGGCUGAUACAUCGCUUAUGGCUCUCUCAGGCGCCUUGACCUCACAACUGGAAUCCUCCGGUGCCGAGGCCAUUCGAAGCCUGAGACAUGGUCAGUUACCGGCAGCAGCUCCGGCUCCACAGAUGGCAGG